AUGACCUCAGCGUGGAUUGUGCUUGGUCUGUUCCUGAACUACCUUCUCGUCAUCUUCAUCCUCACUGUCAACAUCAUCGUCGUCGUCGUACUCGUGCAAAACGCAUCACUACACUCCCCAUCAAACGUCAUAAUUGGAACACUAGCGGUGGCAGAUUUAGGGUUCGGUCUAAUACGAACAGUCUUGGUUCUGUUAGAGUACAAAACUUUCAGGAGCUACUGGACAUGUCUUGUUUCUUACUGCAUCGCCAUCUUCCUUGGGUCUGUAUCCAUGCACAUGCUCGUGAUCGUCAGCAUUGACCGAUACAUCCUCAUCACCCGUCCUCUCCACUACUACAACAUCAUCAACAACACACGGAUCAGCAUCGCCAUCUCCUGUAGCGUGGUCUUUUGCUUCUUCAUCUCUUUUACUCCUGUUUUGGGGGUAGUACGAGAAGACUUUGAUGCCUCUGUGUGCAGUCCAGAAUUCUUCCUAGUGCCGGUGAUCGCCCUUUCUUGCAGACAUCGUGUAGAUGCUGAGACGGGCAACAAUGGCAACAAUCAGCUGGCAGCUCACCUCAAAGCCGCCAAACUGCUGGCUACUCUGUGUGGCUACUUCUUGUUAUCUUGGGGACCCUACGUCAUUGUCAAGUUGAUAUCGUACAUCCGGGACAGGACACCGCUCAGGGAUGAGAUCAAUCACAUGACCGAUCUUUUGGCAGUCAGCAAUUCGCUAGGAAACCCUUUAAUUUAUGCAUUCCGAUCGGUCGAUGUUAAACAUAAGCUUCAGAGGAUGUUCACCUCCACAUGGAAUCGUCCGAAACCCAUAGAAGAAAACCAGGUUGUUCCAACCAUUCGUGUAUCAACUGAAGAUGUGGAGUAA